UUAAAAAUCUCGUGACUACUCACAAGCUCGUUACAUCCCGGAUACAACUCGUGAUAAGAUGGGCGUUUUCUGGUCCAGGUGAUAGUAUGAUUGUAAGUAUAAUGAACAUCCUGAUUAUACUUACUCUGUGUGUCUGGCAAGCAUGGUCUCUAAGUAUACCACUCAUAAUUACGAAAGGAACUCACUAUGAAGUUGGACAUGAUGUGGGUGCAAGUUUCAAAGACAGAAUCCAGAAUUUCUGUAAUGAGUUUUCCAUUCUGAAUGAUGUGCUGAUACCGUACUACCACAUGCGAAAAGGACGUAAGGCGUAUGAUGACUUGUUGAAUGUUGCCAAUGCAACAUUUCCACAGAUUGUGGACGAGAUACAGGGUCUUGCAGAUGGUGCUGAAUUACCAUUUUACAAGGUGUUUUUGUUGCAUAUCAAAAGUGAAAUUCAGUUGCUGCUAAGAAAACAGUUUGACCCUGAAUGCACUGACAUUGCACUAAACUAUGUUGAUCAAAAGACACAAAGACAAUGGACUAUCCAAGCUCACAAUGAAGACACUGAUCCAAUUAUCGGCAAAUACGCAUAUAUAACAGACGCCUACAUCAUAGAUCCAACAGGAAAGUAUCCAACGGAGAGGUUCACAGCAUAUACAUAUCCAGGUUCAGUUCCAGGAAAUGCCUUUGCAUUCAAUGCAGAUGGAAUGUUGUUUACCAUGAAUGCUGUGUUUCCAAAAAAGGUUGAGACUGAUAACAUAGCUCGUUAUAUUGCUAACCGAAUGCUACUAGGCUGUAGGUCAGUCAGUGAUGUUUUCAGUUUUCUAGAUAAGUAUGGUUCAGCUUCUGGAUUCAGUUUGAACUUUGUAGAUGCCACUACACCGCUUGCUGAUCAGAUGUUGUAUAACGUUGAAGUUGGACCUGGAAUGAAGCAGUACAGCAAUGCUACAGUUCCAUUGGCCAACAAUAAAGCCGAUGGACAUUGCUAUCAUUUCAAUAUGUACAAACACUUCAAUAUAUCCCAGUUUAAUGAUACAAGUACACAGCACAGAAGUGCUAGAGCAGCUAAGUUAGCAGUGCCUGCUGACUUAACAGGGAUAUAUAAUAUUCUUGGUGACACUGCAGACCCAGACUACCCUAUUUUCAGGAAUGGUAAAAAAAAAGAUGGUGCAGCCACUGUAAGUACAGCUAUCUUUGAUCUGGUCAAUGGGACAUUAUCUAUUUACCUUGACAACCCUAAGAUGAGUCAAGGGCCAGUUAUAGUGCUUCAACUGCCAAAGAAAAAAAUCUGGAAUUAA